GUACUUUGUAACUUUUUUCGUCUUCACUCUUCCACUUCCUGUGGUUAUCCAACAAAUUUGUGCACCUUCUGUAAAAUAAAUAGCAAAAAACCUAAAACAGGAUGGCUGUGAGGCUCCUUUCAAAGGUUAAGAUUUUGCCGGAGUUAAGAGGAGUGGCAUACCUCAGUUCAGCACCUGCCCCAGCUCAGCUGUCCGACUUUGACAUGCAACACAAGACCCCAGUGAUAAGGAAGCAAAAGAACAUCCCAAAGGCCCAAUACGGUGGAAGGCAUGCUGUUACUAUGUUACCUGGAGGAGGUAUCGGACCUGAAUGUAUGGGCUACGUCAGGGAAAUUUUCAAAUAUAUUGGUGCACCUAUUGAUUUCGAGGUGGUUGACAUAGAUCCAACUGUAGACAAUGAUGAUGAUGUCCAGUAUGCUAUUACUACAAUCAAAAGGAAUGGUGUUGGAUUAAAGGGUAACAUUGAAACUAAAAGUGAAGCGGCAUAUGUGACCUCCAGAAAUGUUGCCCUCCGUAAUGAAUUGGACAUGUACGCUUAUGUCCUCAACUGCAAGUCUUUCCCGGGAGUUGAAACUAGACAUAAGGACAUUGAUAUUUCAAUUAUCAGACAAAACACGGAGGGCGAAUAUGCCAUGUUGGAGCAUGAGUCAGUGAAGGGUGUAAUUGAGUCCAUGAAAGUGGUGACCGCCAGCAACUCCGAGAGGGUGGCCAGGUUCGCUUUCGAAUUCGCCAGGAGGAACGGCAGGAAGAAGGUAACCACUGUGCACAAGGCAAACAUCAUGAAGUUGUCUGACGGUCUCUUCUUGGAGACGUCGCGACGCCUCGCCAAGGAGUACCCGGAAAUCGAACACAACGACAUGAUCAUUGACAACUGCUGCAUGCAACUUGUAGCUAAACCUCAUCAGUUCGACGUGAUGUUAAUGACGAACCUGUACGGCUCCAUCGUGUCAAACGUGGUGUGCGGUCUGCUCGGUGGGGCAGGUCUGCUCUCCGGCAGAAAUUAUGGCGACCAUUACUCAGUUUUCGAGCCUGGCACUAGAAAUACUGGUACGGCCAUAGCCGGCAAGAACGUCGCCAACCCCAUCGCGAUGAUCAACGCGUCGAUUGACAUGUUGGACCAUCUCGGUCACUUCUACCACGCGGACCUUCUCAAGCGGGCGGUCAAUAAGACCAUCAACGUCGACCGAGUGUUGACCCCGGACGUCGGCGGCUCCGCCUCCUCCACCGAAGUCGUCAACAACAUCAUAGGUAAUAUCGGCCGCUGCUAAACCUUAUUGUCGACUAUUAGUAACAAAAAUUAUUUAAAAUUUACGGUCUGCCCCUGCAUAAAUGCGCGCCGCGGCAUAUCUUGCGCACAAAGUCUUAAACGUGAUAUAUUGUGAUAUGCUUCGUUAGGGCCAAUACAUUUGUCCCCAAAUAUAUUGGCCUUAAAUCAGAGACAAGAUGUGAGAUUUAUAACUUUUGAGUGCGGGGGCCGGAAUAUUCAUAAUCUCUUUAACUUUUUACGAGUUGAAUUUUUGUUAUUAUCAGUUGAUCAAAUAGCUAAUUCAAUAUAGUUUUUGUGCCACUGUAACGUAUUUAUGCCAGUAUUGUAUUGCCAAAUGCCAGAAUUUCCCUCCUUAAAAAUGUUGAGUAAUGUCCUCAAAUGGGAAGAUG